AUGGAAAACCGCUAUGAAGACGUUGUUUUUCAGUUACCUCGACAAGGCCACGAGUGCGCACCUCAUUGUUUCGAAGCCCGAUGCCACCGCUUCCGCUUGAUUCAAGAACCACAUCAUUCUAAAGAAGAUUUCCGAAAUUUACACGAAGGCUCAGUGAAGCUACUUAAGGGGCUGUUCGGACACAACACGUCAAUUUUCGUCCGGCGCUACACUCAUUUGAGGACACAACCCAAUAGCGAAACAGUCUGUGACUACUUUGGACUGGUCAACCUUCUACACGAGACGGCCGAUUUCAGCGCCGUCACACUUGAGCAGAUGGGAUGUUUCGCACAGAUCUGUGAACUAACCGCCACAGAAAACGACAUCCGCCUUCUACGCAAGAUUGAGGAUGACCUACAGAUGUCGAUAGAAGGCCUCAGCGCUGAAAUCCAACGAGAAUCCAACUCCUCAAGAUCAUACUCUGUCAAUCAACUCAGUCAGGGGAACAAACAAACACGACACUUCAACCUGUUUUCACUGUGGAGGAGCCAAGAGCUGCAACUUCACCAUUAA